AUGUCUCCUACUGUGUCUCCUCCUAUGUCUCCUCCUAUGUCUCCUCCCCGUGUCUCCCCUUGUCUCCUCCUAAUUCUCCUCCUGUGUCUCCCCUUGUCUCCUCCUACUUCUCCUCCUGUGUCUCCUCCUCCCCCUGUGUUCUCCUCCUGUCUCUCCUCCCCCUGUGUUCUCCUCCUGUGUUCUCCUCCUGUGUCUCCUCUUGUGUCUCCUCCCCGUUUUCUCCUCCUAUGUCUCCUCCCCCUGUUGUCUCCUCCUGUGUCUCCUCCUGUGUCUCCUCCUGUGUUCUCCCCCUGUGUUUCCUCCUCCUGUGUCUCCUCCUGUGUCUCCUCCUGUGUUUUCCCCUUGUGUUUCCUCCUCCUGUGUCUCCUCCUGUGUCUCCUCCUGUGUCUCCUCCUGUGUCUCCUCCUGUGUUCUCCCCCUGUGUUUCCACCUGUGUCUCCACCUGUGUCUCCACCUGUGUCUCCUCCUGUGUCUCCUCCCCCUGUGUCUCCCCCUGUGUCUCCCCCUGUGUCUCCUCCUAUGUCUCCUCCUGUGUCUCCUCCUCCUGUGUCUCCUCCUAUGUCUCCUCCCCCUGUGUCUCCCCUUGUCUCCUCCUAA